GCGAAGUGGUUCGUUCUUCACGCAGCUCUCUUUGUUUCGUCAUUUCGUCAUCGAUCACAUUGGUGAUUGCAAUGAUGAUUACCUCUCUCACGUCUUAUCAAUUCUUCAUCCCGUUAAUUAAUUCGUGACACGGUAGAAUUCGCCGUCAGAAUUCAGGCUCAUGCAACGUUCUUGGUAACAAUCGCCUGACCGGUAAUGCGACGAUGAAAGUGCCGAUUCCGUAAUUUCCACGUCCGUUCAGGUGUCGUGUCUCUUUGCCAUUGUCGUCGUCGUCAGGCAAAGUCGCUCGUGCAAUCGAUCGAGCGUCUAACAAAAGGAAACCAUUCGUCAUGAUGGACGGGACAUACUUGUGACUCUUUGGAAAUGCGGAAUCUUCUUAGAAAGUGUUCUAUUUCGGUGAAUCCAACAAGAAGCGAUAAAUGCUGCGGUCGGCGGAUCACCUUCUUCUGCAUCCGAGCGGCGAGAUCGUGCUCCGAUUAUGAUGUGAGCUACUGAAGGUGGGAUCCUCAGGAACCGCGAGGUCCUCGCAAUGGAGGCGGGACCAAAGCAGCAGCAACAGUCGCCGCAACAGCCCCAGCAGCAGCAGCAGCAGCAGCAGCAGCAGCAGUCGCAGCAGCCCGCUCAGCAGCAACAACAACAGAACUCACCUGGCAGCGCGGGUCAGCCGCAGGGACAGGCAGCCAUCGGCCCGCAGGGUGGCCCGACGCAGGGCGGCCAAGGCCAGCAGAAUGCGGAGGACGCGCUCGCGGCGACGGAGAACACCCCCGUUGACGAGGGUGUGCUCCUCGCCCGGAUCCACGUGCCCGAGCUCUACGUCAGCAAGUGUCUGCAGUUCCCGAAGGAUCAGCUGGUCUGGGACGUGAAGCAGCAGUGUCUGGCGUCCUUGCCCAAGGUGGCCACUUGGUACAGGGAGCUGAAGGAGAGCUUCAAUUACGGCCUGUUCUGCCCGCCGGUGAAUGGAAAAGCCGGGAAAUUCCUGGACGAGGAACGCCGUCUCGGCGAUUAUCCCUUCAAUGGACCGGUCGGGUAUCUGGAGCUCAAGUACAAGCGGCGGGUGUACAAAAUGCUGCACUUGGAUGAGAAACAGCUCAAGGCUAUGCACACCAGGACGAAUUUGCGAAGGUUACUGGAUUACGUGCAGAGCAGUCAAGUUGAGAAGAUCGCGAAGAUGUGCAGCAAGGGACUGGAUCCUAAUUUCCACUGUCAGGAAACGGGAGAGACGCCGUUGACCUUGGCAACAACCCUGAAAAAACCUUCAAAAGUGAUAAUUGCAUUGGUCAAUGGCGGCGCUCUCCUCGACUAUCGAACGAAGGAGGGUUUAACGGCGAUGCACCGCGCUGUUGAGCGGAACAGUUUGGAGGCGGUGAAGACUCUUCUGGAGUUGGGUGCUAGUCCGAAUUACAAGGACACGAAAGGCUUAACGCCGCUUUACUACAGUGUUAUUUACAAGACCGAUCCGAUGCUCUGCGAGACAUUGCUUCACGAUCACGCGACGAUAGGAGCGCAAGAUCUGCAAGGCUGGCAGGAAGUUCAUCAGGCAUGUCGCAACAAUCUGGUGCAGCAUCUGGACCACCUGCUUUUCUACGGCGCUGACAUGAACGCGCGCAACGCGUCCGGUAAUACGCCGUUGCACGUGUGCGCGGUGAAUAACACGGACGCCUCGUGCAUACGUCAGCUACUCUUCAGGGGCGCGCAGAAGGACGCGCUGAACUACGCGAACCAGACGCCGUACCAAGUCGCCGUGAUCGCCGGCAACAUGGAGCUCGCCGAAGUCAUCAAGAACUAUCAGCCGGAGGAAGUCGUACCGUUUAAAGGGCCGCCACGCUACAACCCGAAGCGGCGCUCGGUGGCCUUCAGCGGCACCACCUCGAUGACGAUGACGACGAGCUGCUCGGCGAGUAAUCUGGGCACCCUCACCAGGAUACCGUCCACCGAACAGCACGCGGCGGCGUCUAGCGCCGGUGGUGGUGCCGCCGCCGGCACCCUCACCAGAACCGUCUCGGUGGAACAGUACUCGAGUAUCACGCGGGUGCCGUCCGCCGAGCAGUACGCCACCGCGGCGGCGGCGGCGGCGGCGGCGGCCGUGAGUCUGAGCCGAGUACCGUCCACGGAACAACCGUCGUAUCCAACGGCCGCCCCGUCGUCCGGCACGCUCGUCCGGAUCGUGUCCGAGGAGAAGUACGCGCCGCCCGGCGCCGUGUUGAGCAGAGCCUCGUCCGGCGAGCGGUACGACGCCACCCUGACCAGAGUACCGUCCACGGAGCAAUACCCGGCCGCCGCGGCGGGCCUGAGCAGAGUACCGUCCACGGAACAGUAUCCCUCCACCGGUCAGUCGACCGAGUCGAGCCACCACGGAAGCCUCGGCAGAGUACCGUCCGUAGAGUCGAGCCGAAACGACUUACCGAGAAUACCGUCCGAACAGAACGGCCACCGACUGACGUCGGAGUACCAGAGUCCGAAUUCCUUGAGAGAUCCUAACGCGAGAUUGCCGAGCGCCGCGGAGAAUUAUUCAAACUUGAGAAUGGAGGGUCUGACGAGGCUGCAAGAGCAUCGGCUCGAGCUGCAGCACCGCCUCGAUAUGCACAGAUCGCAGAUGGAGAUGCCGCCGUCGCCGUCGCCGAGCAGCAGGAGCUUAGCGCCUUUCAGCUCGGCCAGCUCGAGCCUGUCCGAAGGCAGCAAUCAACCGUCCGGCGAGGACUCGGCCAGCAUCGUCACAGACAAGAGCCUCGGCGACACGGCGUCCGACGUGAUCAGCGACAGUUCCGGGGUGGGAACCUCGCAGUCUGACACGACCAAUUCAUUAUCCAUUCCCGGCACGACGGUGGUCUGCGUCGAGAGCUACAACAGCGGGAUCACCGGCCACCUGACUAUCAAUCAAGGAGACAUCCUUGAAGUCACCGGUGCCACCGACUGCGGCCUCCUGGAAGGAAUCCUGCGCGGACAGGGUACCGGCCUGUUUCCCGCGCAUUGUGUUCAAGAAGUCAGGUUGCGUCACACGAACAUACCUCUCGGCCCGCAGCCCGCCAGAGACCCGCGAAACCGGGUUCUCGGCCGCCGAGAGUCGCAGCAUAAAUACUUCGCUACCGCGCCCAGAUUAAAGAAACCUGUUACCUCGGAACCUCGCACCGUCGUCCUUCACCGUUCACGAAAGGGCUUCGGCUUCGUGUUGCGCGGCGCCAAAGCCACCUCGCCGUUGAUGGAACUGACGCCGUCCGCCAGGUAUCCCGCGUUACAAUACCUGGACGAUGUCGACCAAGGUGGCGUGGCCGAUCUAGCGGGUCUCCGAAAAGGAGAUUUUCUCAUUCAAAUCAAUGGCGAGGACGUAACGACGGCCUCCCACGAACACGUGGUCGAUCUAAUCAGGAAGUCGGGAGAGUUGGUGCGAAUGACCGUGGUUUCGCCGGUGAUCAGUCUUCCGAAUUCCCAGUCGGCGGCCGCGCUGCCAACUAGUCAACCCAUUCAGAGACAGUACGCGACCUUGCCGCGCAAGGGUAACAACAACGUGGUGAUCGGCGGCACGCUCGGCAGAUCUCCAGCUCCCAUGCCACCGCGAAGAGACCCGAAGACUACGCUGAGCGUAGGUCGUGCGAGGGCGCGAUCGAUGGUAGCUGGAUUAGAAGGCGGCGGCGAAAGGGACGAUCGCGAUGAGAUCGCGUCGACCGGCGCGAAGUCGAGCAGCGCGGAAUCGAUUCACAUGCCGCAGCAGCCGUCGACCGGAACGAACACCGGCCAGAACACCCCUGUGCAACCGAGAACGGCCAGUAUUCGAUCGCGUCCAACUUCCAGCAGGAUCACCGCCGCGGAGCUCGAAGAACUAUUUCAGCGGCAGCAGGGUAGUGGCGCCGGCGGCCAGUACGGCUCGUCCAUGAUGAGCUCCUCUCACUUUCAGACUACCGGUCAAUCUACCAAGUCGCAUCCGUCGUCGCCCGCUAAGACCGGCAGGGUGUACGCGAGCGUAGCGGAGAUGAAGCGCAAGGGCAAAUCGCACUCGAGAGUACGCUUCUUCGGCGGCUUGGGCGGUGGUUCCGAUCUCCACAGAGACUUCCACAGCACGCCGGAUCUCAACGUGCAGGCGCAGUCGUCAGCCGCCCUUGUGCCCAAGAGCCACAGAAGCCAGGAGGACGUGAACGCCCUGAACGGGAGAAACGGGCUUCCACCGCCGAACCAUCCGCCGCCGCCCCCGCCGGUCGGACAAGUCGUCAAAGUGAAUGUCGGCGCCAAUGUGCCGGACGUCGUUACGCCAGCCUCCGUUUACGACAACAUGGCGCACAUUCAGCAAGUGAAAGAACUCGCGGCGGCAACGGUGGAGGGUGCCUACGGAGUGAUGUCGAGCUUCCGGCCGUCGAACAGCGCGAAGCUGUACGCCUCGCCGGAGGACAUGAAGACCGUCGGCUACCGUUCGCGCAGUCUACCGGCGAAUCGCCCGCAUCUCAGGAAGUCCCACAGCUUGCGCAACACACCGAGCAGCACGACGUUCAAGCCCGGCACGACUGGCAGUCAGCAAUCGUUGAACACCAGCAUCGGCAAUAUGAACAACGGAAACGGUAACAAUCAGUACGCGCAACCGUUGAAGACCAACAGGAGCCACAGCAUAGCCGGUAUUCGCGAGAGAAAGAAGAAGACCGUCGUCACCACCAGCUCGUCCAUCACGAAUCUCUCGUCGAUCGCGUCCGGCGCGAACGGAACAUUCGCGCCGCCCUCCUCGGCGCCGCCGAUCCCCGAGCCAGAUUACAGUCUGUCGGAAUCGGAGAACGACGACGAGGACGAGUCGGACGAGGACGGCGAAUCGGAGAUCGCGAAGGAGCUGGAGAAGGCGGCGGCGCGAGAAAAACUGGAAGCGACUCGGGAGACGUCCGGCAAUUCGAAUACAUCCGGCUCGAGCUCGUCCGGCAGCGGCUCGCUGCCGCACUCGUUCAGCGUCGAGGAGAUCCAGAAAGUACGCACGCAACUCAAAUCCUCCAAGAGUCAUCCGAAUGAUUUUCUGCUACAGACGCAACAGUCGCUCGCCGAGGACGGUGACAACAGCUCGAGCGGCGUCAGCUCGGACCAGGACGUGCCGGUGGGCCCGCCGAUGGGCUUCGACGACACCGCCAUGCGGAAUCUGGCGAAUCAAGAGAGCAAUCAGCACUUGCCGUCGGGAGGCGCGUCACUGCUCACCGGCGUCAGUCCGGUUGAAAAGGAGGCCAGUCAGACGAAACGGCCGGGCUACGGCGGCAGCGGACUGCUCACCAGGCACGCAGUCAGCCUGGCGCAGCUGCCGCCGCCGAUCGAAGCCGACGCCGAGGAGCAAAACAACGAUUUGUUCGUACCUCCCCCGCCGGAGUUCAACGCCGGUCCAUCCGCCGCCGGCGGCCAGGAUCAGGAAGUGGUGGUGUUCGCGCCGCCGCCGCAGUUCUGCGACAACAAGCAGCAGCAGCAGCAGCAGCAGCAGCAGCAGCAGCAAGCCGCUGCGCAGAACCGCGUCAAGAUAAUCGGCGCGAUUCCCAAGGUUGCCGGGAACCAAGUGAAGGCGUCGGGCGGACGGUUGCAGUAAGAAACCGGAUGAUUUCGCUCGCGUAUUGUUUCUCGGAGAGAACAGACGAGAGAGUUUGCAAACACGUAACUGUAGAGAUUGCGAUUUCAGAGUCAAUAUAUUUAGAGGCUUUCCGCCUUCUUUCGGUAGUGAUCGCCGCGCGAUGAGCGUAUUAAAUUUUUAAACUAUCGAUAGUCGAUCCCGCGAAGGAUUGACAAUUUGUCGUAUAUAUAAGAGCGCGGUCGCUUGAACGACUUUUUGCCAAGAGUAAAUCGUAUUCUAAUCGCGAGCGUCUAAGAGUCGAGUAGGAAUGUAAUCGAAGAGGUAUUCGAACGCGUUUUUAUCGAGUAAGUUUACGAGUGUGAGCGUACGCGUCCGAUCGCACCGCAAUAAAGGGUUGGUUUGUCGCACACGAGCGCACGAUCGAUCAUAGUCGUCCAUCACAACCCUAUCCGUGAGUGAGUCGCCGACAGAUCCGCAAACCGAUUCGCUGCGUCGUAGAGAGAGAGACGGAGAGAGAGAGAGAGAGAGAGAGAGAGAGAGAGAGAGAGAGAGAGAGAGAGAGAGAGAGAGAGAGAGAAAGAGAGCGGCCUAAGGGCGCAAAAAAGAGCGAGGAUCCGCACGUCGACGAGACGUGUCGGAGAAAGGUAGAAGCGAGCGAGAAGGAGAAGGAAGAAGAAAAAGAAAUUGAUACGUUUGAUGCGUGUGUACGCGUGCGUGAGUCGUGAAUGUGCGAUGCAUAUCGGUUUGUUUUUCAUGUUUCUAUCGAACUACGAGGUGUGUUUUAAUACUUUUACACGACACGACGCUCUUCGUCCUCCGAACAGUAGCUGACGCAGGAACUGUCGAGGUAAUUUUACUAAGUCGUUUCUAAAUCAAUUUUAAACAAGAGCACUGCGGCAGUCUCGCUCACUCUCGAUCCCCCCCCUUUUGCCGACGAAACAUGGAGAUGGAGAUGACUUCACUUGACAUUUGACGCGAGGAAAUCACGUAACCGAUUCGUUGUCGAUCGAACACGCGCGGUUUUUCUUCAGUUUCCGACUAGCGUUCUCUCUCUCGUGUCUAGACACUGCUCAAACGCCUAAUCACAAAGCUCUACUCGCAAAGUCAUUAGAGAUUCUUCCUAGUUUGUAAUUGCAAAUAUUAUUAAUAUUAGUAUUAUUAUUUUAUUAUUAUUAUAUUAUUAAUAUUAUAUAUUAUUAGCAUUGUUAUUAUAAUUAUUACGGCGAUUACGGCGCUCCACUAAACGAUAAAGCGCAGUCGCAUUUCACGAAGAUGUGCAGCACUAUACUUCGUUAUAACGCACCAUCACUACUCCAGUCUGUGUAAAGUAAAUCGUACUCCUUCCAUUCGCGCGAGAAGCUCCGUUGAGCCGGGAGACGUUGGACUUUUUGCGCGUCCGCGCGUUCUUGCCGAGCGAGUUGGAGAAUCGCCGCGGCCCCGCAAAACCGAUAAACUCGCCGAUCAUUCAGUCGGAUUCUCAAACUCCCGUGCAAGUUCGCGAUUCAGAAAUCCCUUCCGCGAGUUAAUUAACUACCCGUUGUACAUACGCGUUACGUGUAUCGCCAUGCAGAUGCAACUGUAACCCGCGCGUCCGGAUGCAACGAAGGAUCUCGCGGCUCUCGGCGACAGUGCUACAUAUUGUAUAUAUAUUAUAUAUUGAGUAACGUUGCAAAUGUAUCCUCGAGUAUCUCUAUAAUUACGAGCGAUCGUCAUCUCAUUAUUACGUUUUACCGCAUUCACUAUGGUAGAUCUAUAAGCGAUCGAAUCCUCCUGAUCGUCGUUUCAGCGCCUUCGCGAACUUUAGGAGAGAAAAAGAACCUGCGUUUCGUGCGUAAUGCAUGUGCGAGCACAAGUGAGUCGCCGCGUGAUUUUUAACAUACGAAAGAAAGAAAUCGAAUCAACUGUAUUCGUUUCCAAAUCACCCUCAGAUAUAUAUAUAUAUAUAUAUAUAUAUAUAUUCCCCAACGUCGGUUUUUUUAAAUAAACAUCAAAAUCAUAAGUAUGGAGUUUACUCUCAAACAUCCUUUGAAUGUAAAAGUCGCUCGCGAGAUAUUUAAAUUUGAGAGUACUAAUCAAUAUCACCGCUAUUUACUGCUGUAUGAAUAUAUGUAUAUUUUAUAUAAAAGCAAAUUAUUAUAAAUAAUUUUUAUAAGAUUUUAAAACAAUUAAACAAUUGAAAGAUCUAAAAAGAACUUAAAAACUGAAUUGAGAAAAUAUGAGAAAAAAUGCAUCUAACGAGUUUGCGUUACAUUUCAUACAUUUAUUUUUUGAGUUCUCUUUUUAGAUCAUAAUGUGUGUGUGUGUAUAAUGUUUCUACGAUUUAUAUAUAAUUUAUAUAUAAUAACUUUAAAAUUAUUUAUAAUAGUAAUUUUUAUAUAAAGUGUUCAUCUAGCAUUAAAUAAUGAUAGUGGUAGUUGUGGAACUCGAAAACUAAAAUAUUUGCAUAUUCAAUAAAUGUUAAGAAUUAUCACGGAACAUUCAUCGGGUUGUGCAAUAUUCGCGAGAUAAUUCCGUGAACUUUCGCAGGUCAGCAAAAAGCAAUACAUCACAGCUACGUGUGUGGCAUCACGACGGCUCGUACAACACACAACAGCAAACAGAGAGAUCGGUCGAGAGGCGAGGCUUUAUUUUUUUUUUUUCACCGUGCAAUGUGGCACGCGCGGCCACGUGGCGUCCGACGCGAAGCGCGUGCACCACCUCGACUACGUGCACCGAAUGCGCGCCUCGUCGCCGCGAUAUUAUAUAAUUACGACAUUCCUGCCAAAAGUAAUAUAGUAGUCUUAUAUAAUAUAUCAAAAUUUACGAGAAAGAGAGUUAACGUUGCGUACAUCACGUAAGAGGACAUACUUUGUAAUCUAGUUGUUCCCUCCAUCCCUGUUUCCUUCCCGCGUAUCCCUCGUUUCCCCUCUCCGCGCCGCUCCGCAUUGAUCGAGAGCGUGAGAUCGGCGAUCUCGGUGAUCGGCGGUCGCGACGAGCAAUCUCGCGAUCGCGGACAUGCGGCGGAAUGUGUCAUCUUGACGUGGAAUCCAGAGAUCGUCGGCCACAGUGUAUGCGCGCGCGAAUCCAACUUUCUUGUUAAAAUCUACCAGUAAAGUAUUUAUAUAUGUAUAGUAUAUGUAUAUAUACAGGCUGUUCCUCGCGUAACGAGGAUUAAUCGGCCGCGGCCGCGGAAAAUUCGGAGGAGGGAAAGAAACGGCGGCAUGUCGUUCUCUCCGCAGUGGAAAUACCGUUAAAAUUACCGAUUCACGCGCGAGUUGCGUGAUUGCUUUCAACGCGAAAGGAUUAAAACACGCCGCGACUUGUAUGUUUCGCAAUUUUUAACAGCUCCGCCGGAUUAGUUAAUUCCUUCUGGGAAUCCUCUUCUCUCUCGCGCACCGGGAUAAACUCCCGUUACCGAUUAAUUCGCGCCUCUCGGGGAACGUGGCGUGUAUACAGAGUGUACCAAAAAAGAUGUGUACAGUAACGAGACGAGGGAUUCUUUUCGGUCACAGUUUUAUUCGAAUUUCGGAUUGUCAAUUUUUAUCUUUGAUAUUGAGUAUCGUCGUUAUAAAAUUGCGAUCGAUUAAAUGCGAAUAAAUUUGUAAAGAGAAGACUGAAAUCAUCGAUUUUACAGACAUUACAGACGUCGAAAUGUUUUAAGUAUCUUUUAUGUUGACGAUUGAAUAAUUUUCUGAUCAAGUUUUUUCGGUAAGACUGGAGGCGACUUCAGAAAAAUUAAAAAAACUGUUACUCGUACACGCGUUUCUUGAAUCAUCCUGUAGAACACGCUCUAAUGUGAGAACGGCGAGUGCCAAGGAGAGUCAUCGAGAAGUGACUCGAUGAUCGUACUGCGACCGACUGAAUUUUUGAAACCACUCUUUAUUAUCUUCUAGCACUCCUGCGUUUAAUCUCGCGCUCCCUUCUUGUCCACCCAAUCCUCCCUCCCUCCCUCCCGUCAUUUUUCAUAUUUUAGUUAUCACUAUCAUUAGUAUUAUUAUUAGGUAUAAUUACUAUUAGUAUUUUGUAUUAUAGGUAUUGUAUUGUAAAUUGCAAAGUACGUGCAAUGUUUCGACGAUGAAUAAUAAUCGAUCAUGUUCAACUAAA